CUUUUACCGUUGUCUUUAGUUGUUUGCUAAAUUGCCCUCUUCUUCCUUGGUAAGAGAACUAUGACUGCAUCCUCUCUGCGCUAAAGCUUCUAUCUCGGUUGGCUUCAUCUCAUACCCAGUCUCAUAAAUUUUCAUCUUCUUCUGCUCCUUCCUCACAGAACUAUCUCCUAACACCUUUGUUGCCGCCACCGUCUCCUCCAUCGGUUCUCUCUCCCUCUUCUUCCCAGUUUAAUCGGAACCUUCAAAGCCCACUAUCUAGUCAUUUUAAACGAAACUAAGUCUCGGUUGGGUAUUCAAUUUAUCAAUCGGCAGAUUAGGAUCUAAUUCUUUUACCGUUGUCUUUAGUUGUUUGUUAAAUUGCCCUCUUCUUCCUUGGUAAGAUAAGAAAACUAUGACUGCAACCUCUCUGCGCUAAACCUUCUAUCUCGGUUGGCUUCAUCUCAGACCCAGUUUCAUCCAUUUUCAUCUUCUUCUGCUCCUUCCUCACAAAACUAUCUCCUACCACCUUUGUUGCCGCCACCGUCUCCUCCAUCGGUUCUCUCGCCUCCUUCGUCCCAGUUUUAUCGGAACCUUCAAAACCCACUAUCUAGUCAUUUUAAACGAAACAAAUUCUCGUUUGAGUAUUCAAUUUAUCAAUCGGCAGAUUAGGAUCUGAGCUGCAAAGGAUAGAGCAUAGAGCACAGAGCACAGAGCACAGAGCACAGGGAAUAGUCCGAGAGUCUAAAACUGCUAAAAGUACAAAUACGGAAGAGAAGCGAAACAGAGAGAGGAGAGAUAUCUGAGUUGGGGACCAAGUCCAGCCCGACUUAAGUCAGACUAAACGCCCUCUUUCAGUAUCCGUCGAAGAUCACCUUUGAGCCCUUUCCUCCUUUGGAGUGCUGCCGUUAGAGAAUUCCGUUCUAUCAUCAGCUCGAGUUGCCUGAAAAGCCAGAGCCCUUGUCAGGGGAAGUUUAAGUUUCUGCAUUCCCUGUGCCAAGAAAGACGUCUUUCCAUGGAGUCUAAGAUGUUGGUCACUCCAGUUCAAUCUAGCAAACGAUUCACCAACAAAGCUUACAUGUCUCGCAACUAUUUGAAUUUGUUCCAAUCUGAAAAAAAUCCAAGCCCUUCUUGCUUUAGUUUUGGCAGUCCCAAAUUCUAUGGAAGAAUCAAUGGCCUUUUGGUUCUGAGCCUAUGUGAAGAUAGUUCUUUGAUGGAGAAUCAAAUUGCCCUCAAUGAGGAGCAGUGUGCUUUUGCCAAAACUGAGAUAGGAAAUGAGCUGACAGUUGAAAGGUUUGAGGUUAAUGGCAACGCGGAAAAGAUAGAAGAGCUCGAUGUAGAUCUGGACAUUCUUAAUUAUCCUGAGGGUAAAAUGGUUAAUGCUAAGCACUUGGUGAAAGAGCUGAAAAAAAGUUUUUGUGGACAGAUGAUGCAUGAAGAUCAAACUGUACAAUUUAGAUAUGGUAAAUUCUCUGGUACUUUCAAAGUCAAUCGUAUCAUCUUGGCUAGCAAUGGUGCCAGGACUAGUCAAGGGAUGCUUCAUAAAAUGACUAAGGUGCUCUUUUUGAGUGAAAAUAUCAGGUUUUUUAACCAAGCUGUAUUGACAAGGAGAAUAUUUCUAAGAAGUAUGAAUUUAAGUGAAGUAGAGAGAGAAUUGAUGACUCUUGGACUCGGUGGGAUGAGUAAAAUCUUUAGAAAAAUAUAUGAGAGGGUGCUGACUACCCGUACACUCGAUCUGGAGCUAUGUCAAAAAUUGAACCAAAGUCACGUUAAGGGGAUACUCCUCUUUGGGCCACCUGGGAAUGGAAAAACGUUGUUAGCAAAAACAAUAGCAAAAAUUCUGUAUGCCAAGGAAUUUGAGGUUGUUGAUGGGCCUCAAGUUCUGUCAAGCUGGUUUGGUGGAACAGAGGCCAGACUUAGAGCACUGUUUGAUAAAGCUAGAGAAGAUAAUACAAGAUAUGGAGAGCAAAGUGGCCUUCAUAUCAUCAUCUUUGAUGAAUUAGAUUCAAUUGCAAGGAAAAGGGGGAUAACUCCUGGAGAGACUGCGACUGACAGGAUUGUUAGCCAAUUGCUAACUAUGAUUAAUGGUGUGGAGGACCUGAAUAACAUACUUAUUAUUGGAACAACAAAUAAGAAGGAAUUAAUUGAUGAAGCACUCUUGAGACCUGGCAGGCUUCUCCCCAUUGAAGUGGGCCUCCCAGAUGAGGAAGCUCGUUUGAACAUAUUGAGGGUUCACACAGAACCUUACGAGCGAAGGGGCUACUUCCAAGAUGUGGACCUUCGAGAGAUAGCAAACAUGACGGAUGGCUUUAGUGGUGCUGAUCUUGCUGGUGUGGUUAAUACUGCCUUCUCCGAUGCACUUGGCCGUACCAAUUCCAAUGAUGGUAUCAUUCAUGAGAGCCAGACUAGGAUAUGCCAAAAUGAUUUUAUCCAUGGUGUCCGCGAAAUUUGCCGUGCCAAUCAACCAACCGAGGAUGAAGACUGGGACGCAUUGGUUUGAGAAUUAAGGAUUUUAUUUGUUUCUUCAUCCAAGACUUGGAAUCUCUCUGAGCCCUUUGAUUGCCAAUAAAUGUGCAACUGUUAUCAUUCCUAGUAUGACACUCAUUUUUAUUCUCUUUCCAGAUUGACAGAUAUCAGGAAAGUAGACAAGUUGUCAUUUCCAGUUGAUGUGACUGUUGUACCUGUACUGGGCAUGUUCUAAGUGCACACGUGUUUGAACUUUUUAAUCAGGUUGCUGGGGACUUGCAGAAAUGCAAUUCCAAUUCGUGCU